CGAAGUUGCAGAGAGAGAGAGAGAAAGACACGACUCAACAACGAAAUUAAAAUAAGAUUUUACAAAUUCGGACCUUUGGAGAGAGACGUGUUACACCUCAUAUCCGUACAGAUUUUGCUCUCUCUCUUUCUAUCCAUCUAUAAAUUCUUUAUUGCUUUUUCAAUGAUUGUAAAUCUUCUCGUUGUCUCUCAGACUUGGAGCUCCCUUCAGUCGCGUACAAGUAUCUCAAAAGCUUCCAACUGCUUCUUUCUGGUUGCCUUUUGGUUCUGGUGCUCCUUUUGGGUUUAAGAUUUUGAUUAUUUUAAUGGCGGGAAUGACCCAAUUGGCGGGAAACAACGGUACAGACUGAGGUUCUUGGGGUUGGAUUUUGCUUGCUGAUGGCUGCAAGUGCGAACCCAUCUGGGAAUCAGGAGGGGAGCCAUGCUGCAACUUCCUUCAAUGGCGUCGCAGCUCCUGGUGGAGGUGGUGGAAACCCUAGUAACGGUAAUUCCGGGGCGGUGCCGGAGAAUUCGGCUCCGGCCAAUGCUUUGAAGCACAACCCAGGUCUGUCCUCAGAGUGGACGGCGGAGGAGCAGUCGAUCUUGGACGAAGGGCUUUCCAAAUAUGCUUCUGAAUCUAUCAUAGUCAGGUAUGCAAAGAUUGCUAUGCAAUUACAAGAUAAGACAGUUCGGGAUGUGGCAUUGCGUUGUAGGUGGAUGACGAAAAAGGAAAGUGGCAAGAGAAGGAAAGAGGAUCACAACUUAACAAGAAAAAGCAAGGAUAAAAAGGAGAAAGUUGUGGAAUCUUCUGUGAAGUCCUCAUCUCAUUUGGCUGCUCGGCCCAAUGUUCCGCCGUAUGCACUACCUAUGAUUGCUAUGGAUAAUGAUGAUGGUAUUUCUUAUAGAGAUAUUGGUGGCACAACAGGGCAGCUCCUUGAGCAAAAUGCACAGUUUUUCAAUCAAAUUUCAGCAAAUCUAGCUAAUUAUCAGGUUCAGAUGCUUGGUGGCCAUCAAGGAUUAUCAUCAUCAAUCAUCAUCAUCCAAGCCUCAUCCCAUGUAUAUGUGUUACAGGAGAACAUCAAUCUCUUCUGCCAAGCUCGAGAUAAUAUCCUAACCAUCUUGAAUGACUUGAACGACAUGCCCAGUAUAAUGAAGCAGAUGCCACCACUUCCAGUAAAGAUUAAUGAAGAGCUUGCCAACUCCAUCCUUCCCCGGACAAAUCAUCUUAUGCAGCAAUCAUAACUCCAAAUUCUCAAUACUGAUUGGGCCUACGAAGACAUUCAGCCUGUUGCCUUAAGUUGAGAUUGAGAUCAACCUCCAUCUUGGUGGAAUUCACUGGUUUAAAUACAGGAAUAAUCACGUGGGUUGCGUUGAUCCAAGUCCCCUUUUCCAGUGUAGAGAAAUAAUUUGUAUGGCCGUAGAAAAGUAAAGAUCCUCUCUAGAAAUUCUUUUGUGGGUCAGUUGGAUAUAUGGAUUGGUUUGUGUAGUGGAUGGAUGCCUAAUUGAACAAUUAAUUAUUUAACUAUCUUCUUCAUGAGUUCCUUU